AUGUCACGCCCUCACGAGCGAGAAAUCAUGCUUCCACCACCGCCCGGGUACGACUUGAACUACUUCACGACCUCGACGAGGUACAGGAUGCCUCCCAAGAAAGCAGCAGCCGCAGCGGCAGCGGCGAAUGGCAAGCGGAAAGCCUCCACGCCCCUCGAGUCAAGCUCCAAUGGCUCCAGCAAGAAGACAAAGACCAGCAGCAGCAACAGCACCUCCCCCGACGACCUCCGGAAACCCCACGAGUCGGCACAAGAAGCAGAAGACAACGGCAUCGUCCUCCGCAAAUUCUACCCGCACGAGAUGUCCAACGCGCGCGCCCUGGCCUACAACAAGGACGAGCUGCCGCGGCCCAUAGAGCUCCUGAAGCGCGCGCUCGCGGAAACGAAGGCUGGGCGCGAGGGGGUCGACGUCAAGGGUGCCGUGGUGCACUGGUUCAAAUGCGACCUGAGGACCCGGGACAACAGGAGUCUGCAUCUGGCGAGCGAGAAAGCGAGGGGGGAGGGGGUGCCGCUGAUCGCAAUGUAUAUCGUCAGUCCGCAGGACUUCGAGGCGCAUCUGACGGCGCCCGUGAGGGUGGACUUCAUCCUGAGAACGCUGGAGGUGUUGAAGGCGGAUCUGGCGAAGCUGGAUAUCCCGCUGCAUGUCGAGACGGUGGAGAAGAGACGGAAUGUCGAGGGCAGGGUGCUGGAGCUGCUGGGGGAGUGGGGUGCGAGCCAUCUGUUUGCGAAUAUGGAGUAUGAGGUUGAUGAGCUGAGGCGGGAGGCGAGGAUGGUGAGGGCUUGUUUGGAAAGGGGGGUUGCCAUGGAUGUCGUGCAUGAUACUUGUGUGGUGAAUCCCGGCGAGCUGACGAGUGGGACCGGGAACCAGUAUGCUGUCUACAGCCCGUGGUAUCGGGCUUGGAUGGCGUAUAUACAUAAGGACCCGACGGUGUUGGAUCUGUUUGAUGCGCCGGGCAAGAAUCCCAGCAGAGCGAGGGAGAAGUUCAAGGCGUUGUUUGAGAGUCCUAUACCGGAUGCGCCGCCGAACAAGACGUUGACGCCUGAGGAGAAGAAGAGGUUCAGGUCCAUGUGGCCGGCUGGAGAAGAGGAGGCUCAAGAGAGGCUGAAGAGGUACUGCGACGAGCGGAUAGGGAAAUACCAGGACGUGCGGAACUUCCCGGCCAAAGCAGCCACGUCCUCGCUAAGCGUGCAUUUUGCCAGUGGGACUCUCAGUGCGCGAACAGCCGUCCGCACAGCACGCGACCACAACACGAGCAAGAAACUGGACGCCGGCAACGAGGGCAUCAAGACCUGGAUAUCCGAAGUAGCCUGGCGCGACUUCUACAAGCACGUCCUGGCCCACUGGCCGUACGUCUGCAUGAACAAGCCCUUCAAGCCGGAAUACACGAACAUCAGCUGGGAGUACAACCAAGAGCACUUCCAAGCCUGGACCGAAGGCCGGACCGGGUAUCCCAUCGUCGACGCCGCGAUGCGGCAGCUCAACCACUGCGGGUACAUGCACAACCGGUGCCGGAUGAUCGUCGGCUCCUUCCUCGCAAAGCACCUCCUCCUCGACUGGCGGAUGGGCGAGCGCUACUUCAUGGAACACCUCAUCGACGGCGACUUCGCCUCCAACAACGGCGGCUGGGGCUUCAGCGCCAGCACGGGCGUCGACCCCCAGCCGUACUUCCGCAUCUUCAACCCGCUGCUGCAGAGCGAGAAGUUCGACCUGGACGGCGGCUACAUCCGCAAGUGGGUGCCCGAGCUCGCGGGCGUCAAGGGGAAGGCGAUCCACGACCCGUACGAGCGGGGCAUGGGCGCCGAGGCGAAGAAGAGGGGCUACCCGCAGCGGAUCGUCGACCACAAGAAGUGUCGGGAGAGGGCCCUGGCGAGGUACAAGGAGGGCUUGGGGAGGGAAACUGCCUGA